UGGGGUAACCUCUGGGAUUGGGGGACUUCUGAUGGAAGUGGGGCAGGAAGAGAGAAGUCUGGCCCCAGCCUCUGGAUGAGAUAAGCUACUGGAUUUACAAAAAGGGAAGUCAGCCCUGGCUGUGUGGCGUUUGGGGCUGCUUCCUUGUGUUGCCAGCCUGGGCCAGGAAGAAGAGACUCCAGUGGGUUGGUUGGAAGCCACCUCCCCUACCUGUCCUUCUUGGGUGAACCCCUAGCCCGAGACCUUCCUCAAACCAAUCAGGCCAUCAGCUUUUCUCCAGAGCCUAAGGAUAGGUCUGGCAGAUGCCAGGCUACACCCAUAGGAAGUGGGACAAGUGGCAGCCUCCACCUUCUGCUCCCUGACACUGUGGCCUCUAUACCCGUGUCUGCUCCUGCCCCAGACCCACACAGUCAGCUCAGAGCCCAGUUCCCUUGGGGCAGGAGAGGGAGGGCAAGGCUGGCCCUGUGCACACCCAUGUGGAGCUGGGCAGAGAUCCAGAGGACACCACCACCUAGCGUGGCUGCCGCCAGCACAGUCAGCACACACCAGCCCUCUGACUGCCCUGCAGGCUCUGCUUUUCCCAGGAGGUGAUCUGAAUCCUGGCUGAGCCCCAAAACCACUGCCUUUCAGAGCCAGCUGUGUGGGAGCAGGAGGCUGAGGGUGGAUUAUGAAUGAAGGGGCCUGGCUGCUGCCCCCCAAGCAGCUGGUAGAGGUGGCCAGAUGUGGAGGGCUGUGGAGCAGCCCAGCAGGCUGGCCAUGGCUGAGGUCUGGCGAGUGACCAGGUGCCAGUCCCAGGCUGCUGGCAUGCCUGGCCUGUCUCUGUUCCUCCUGUCCCCUGCAGGGCUGUGGCUACCUGACCACCCUGGCACCUGAGCCAGCCCUGCUUCCUUUCUUUCCUCUCAGGCCGUCAGCGUCUUCUUCAAGGAGCUCAUUCGGGAGUUUGGGAUUGGCUACAGUGACACGGCCUGGAUCUCCUCCAUCCUGCUGGCCAUGCUCUAUGGCACAGGCCCACUCUGUAGUGUGUGUGUGAACCGCUUUGGCUGCCGGCCCGUCAUGCUUGUGGGUGGCCUCUUCGCGUCCUUGGGCAUGGUGGCUGCGUCCUUCUGCACGAGCAUUAUUCAGCUCUACCUCACGGCAGGGGUCGUUACUGGCUUGGGUCUGGCCCUCAACUUCCAGCCCUCUCUCAUCAUGCUCAACCGAUACUUCAGUAAGCGGCGUCCCAUUGCCAACGGGCUGGCAGCAGCAGGCAGCCCGGUGUUCCUGUGCGCACUGUCCCCACUGGGGCAGGUGCUGCAGGACCACUAUGGGUGGCGGGGCGGCUUCCUCAUCCUGGGUGGCCUGCUGCUCAAUUGCUGUGUGUGUGCCGCACUCAUGAGGCCACUGGUGGCUCCCAAGGCGGGCGGGGGGCCCAGGCCGCAGCAGACGUCCAGGCGGCUGCUGGACCUGAGUGUCUUCCGGGACCGCGGCUUCGUCAUCUAUGCUGUUGCUGCCUCCAUCAUGGUGUUGGGGCUCUUCGUGCCACCCGUGUUUGUAGUGAGCUAUGCCAAGGACCUGGGUGUACCUGACACGAAGGCUGCUUUCCUGCUCACCAUCCUGGGCUUCAUUGACAUCUUUGCCCGGCCAACUGCCGGCUUCAUCACGGGGCUCAAGAAGGUUCGGCCCUACUCUGUCUACCUCUUCAGUUUCUCCAUGUUCUUCAAUGGCUUCACUGACCUGACAGGCUCCACGGCCAGCAACUACGGGGGCCUGGUAGUGUUCUGCAUCUUCUUUGGCAUCUCCUAUGGCAUGGUGGGUGCCCUGCAGUUUGAGGUGCUCAUGGCCAUUGUGGGUACCCACAAGUUCUCCAGUGCCAUUGGCCUGGUGCUGCUAAUGGAGGCCGUAGCUGUGCUCAUUGGACCCCCGUCGGGCGGCAAGCUGCUGGACGCAACACACGUUUACAAGUAUGUGUUCAUCCUGGCGGGCGUCGAGGUGCUCACCUCCUCCCUCGUACUGCUGUUGGGCAACUUCUGCAUCAGGAACAGACCCGAGGCAUCGAAGCCUGAGGCAGCGACCUCGGCCUCAGAGGAGGAGAAGCUCCAUAAGGCCCCCGUGGAUAUGAGAGUGGACUCUCGGGAGGUGGAGCACUUCCUGAAGGCAGAGCCUGAGAAAAAUGGGGAAGUGGUUCACACUCCGGAAACCAGUGUAUGAGCAGCCUGGCUGGGGCCGGCAGGGCACAGGGAAGAGGUACAGAGACUGGCAACACAUAUUUAUUUCACCAACAGGACUAGCUCAGGCGAGGCCAUCAGCUCUGUACUGGGGUACAGAGCUGGCUGCCUAGUUGCUGGGUCACUACCUGAUCUGUUCUGUGUAGGAAGGCAGCGAAGGGGGAUCAUGUCAUUCCAAAGUGGAUCUGCAGUGAAGCCAGGCCACACAGUUAUAAGCUGUCUGCACCAAGGGACCCAGCCUGCAGACCCCAAGCAGCCUGUGCCUCACUGUGGUCAAGGACCUAGAAACCCAGACUUCUGAGACAACACCACUUUAAUUGUAGGCCAGGACUGCUGGCGGGGUUCUCCCUGGGGCCUGAUCCCACGUCCUGCCCUCCUCUCCUGCAGAGUCUAUCCCUCUUGCCUACCCAGGAAGGGAAGGUGUGAGAGAGAAAUCUGUGUGGCUAGAGCCUUGGAGGGACUUGCUGGUGCAGUUCUGUGCUGUGUUUGUUCAUCCCAAGUCUCAGUUCCAUCAGGAAACAACCUGGUUAUUCCUACAA